GGUGUGGGUUCUUGCUUUAGCAGUACUGGAGCAGACCUUGCUGGAAUUAUAACUUUGUUUUGCUACUGCCAGCUAGCUAAUACAGGUGCAGAGAUGGAGUCUCAGGUGCACCAGAAUUUCCAUGCUGACUCUGAGGCAGCUGUGAACCACUUUGUAAACUUGGAGUUGUAUGCUAGCUAUGUCUACUUAUCCAUGUCAUACUACUUUGACCGUGAUGAUGUGGCCCUGCAGAAUGUGGCCAAACUCCUGAAGAAGCAGUCGCAUGAGCACAGGGAGCAGGCUGAAAAGCUCCUGCAAUACCAAAACAAGCGAGGUGGACACAUUGUUUUGCAGGACAUCAAGAAACCAGAGCAUGAUGAAUGGGGGAACAGCUUGGAAGCCAUGCAAUCUGCCCUGCAGCUGGAGAGGGCUGUGAACCAGGCCCUGCUGGACCUCCAUAACCUGGCUACAGGGAAAAAUGAUCCUCACCUCUGUGACUUCCUGGAGUCGGAGUACCUGGAUGAGCAGGUGAAGGCCAUCAAGGAACUUGGAGACCACCUAACCAAUUUGAAGCGCCUCAAGGUGCCACAAGAUGGUGUAGGGGAGUACCUGUUUGACAGACUCACCCUUGGGGAGUGUAACCAAGAAGUGUGCUGACAGCUGAGACACUGUUCUGGAUGACAUGUUUGAAUGGCAAAGAUGCAUUCAUGGAUCUUUAACCAUUGACAAUAAAACUUACUCAUUACCAGGU